AUGCACCGAAAUUACCCUGUGCUCCCCAAGAUCAACGUCUCACCCUCUCUGCAGGCUUUAUCGAGUCAACCUUUGCCAACGCAGCGCGAAGACGAGACGUCAUCUCCAGAUCGCAAUAUGCCCUUAUUAGCCCCACUCCGACCGUCUCGUAAGAAGACAGACGAUGUUAACAAUGGGCGUAAUGCCAGUAAGACCAGCUUACACCUGCCAGAGGCGGACAUUGAAAGGGAUGAACUUGAACGAUACUCGCAUCCGGAGAGUAGUGAAUAUCCAGAAAUUGCCGCGGCUGGGAUCGAUGUUGAAUCCUGGUUGGAGUCUAGUGUUGACAACUUUCCCUACUAUGCUCAGAAUAGAGCUGAUGGACACAUGCCCCUACCGCUUCCGCCAGAUGUCAUUGAUACUCUUCGGAUAUCAAUAACAUGCUUCCCGGAAACGAUGCUCCAGUGUUCCAGCCUCUCGAUUGAGACUAUACGCGGCCACUCUAGGAAAUUGAGAUAUAAGACCUCCAGUCCCGCAAGUCUAUAUUCGGAAUCGCCCGUUUCAGUAGACUCAUCAGACCAGUCAAAACAGACGAAAUGGAAGUGGUUACCGCUUAAGAGACAGCAGUCAUCUCCUACGGAGGCACCAACCAGCCCGCAGCGAAUAGGUUUUGGUGAGAGUCUAGAACCAAGAUAUAGCCCGGUAUGGCCUAAGAAACCGGACUGGACCACAAUCCAGAACCUCUUCCCCUCCGGAUCUGAUUACCUCUGUGACGCCCUCUACGCUCACCUCGUAGCGUACAACUAUAUCACUUCGCUAUGUCCCCGAUCAGUGCUAAUCAAUCCUACUACUUCGAGACCUACUUCAAAGUCCUCAACAACGCCUUCGGAAAUCAGUCUCGGCCUUUCGGUUGACCUCCGUUCCUCAGUAGACAUACGCGCCUCUACGGACGGAGGCGCAAUCCCACGGAAAGCAGCAAACUUACUAGGCCUACAGGACGAUCCGAACGCACCGAUCCCCGAACCGCCUUCUUCACGAUGCAACACACUUCGCAGCAAGCGAUCGUUCUUUGCAGCAGCACCUAGAGCAGUCUCUUAUUAUGAAGUUAGUAGACCAACGACAGCCGUAGGUUCCUUCAGUGGCCGCCGCCUUCCCCAACCUGAUCAGGGCGAGCAAGUGUUAAAGGAUUUACGGUUGGGACUGGCGAGAUGCAUCUCAAGGCUUGUCGCUACGUUACGAGUGACGAAUGGCAACUCCGCGGGCUCCGAUGGCGCGGGGCAGAUGAAGCGGGAAGAAGAUCCCGACUUUAUGCGAGCACUGUGCGAGAUCGUACGCCUCUCUGAGGAGAGAUACAUGUAG